UGCACAUAGCUUAAGAGAAGGAUCUACUAGGAUCCUUGCCAAGUAGGCUAGGUUCACUUUUUUUCUCGAAAAGAUAGGUAAGUGGUUCCAGUGACUUCAUUGGUCCAGUGAUCUAAGGUCUGAGUCAUUGAUGGGGUUUUCUGGUCAUUUAAAGCCCUUACACAUUAGGUGGGCUAGUUUUUUUUUUUCCUAAAAGUCAGGGAAGCUGUCCUCAAGGCUUGAUAGGUCGAAUAGGCUAAUGUUUGAGUUACUGACGUGAAUUCCUUAUUGCCCAAGGGAAUAAGAAAGGCCAGACCAUGAACGUCCCUUCAGACUUGAUAGAUGUCACAAUGCCCUGUGAGUCAUCACAUUCUUGCUAACCAUUUAUGUUUCUGUAUAGUUAUUGGGGGUAGAGCCAAAUGGCAACCCUGGGAGUUCCAGGCCAUUUUGUGUAGUUAAUACCAAAUAAUAUCAUGUCUCAGACUUACUAAGUAAAAGAUAUUUCCUUCUUAAUGAUGUGGAUGAAAGGGGAAGAGAGAGAAGUCAUAUGUCCUUUCACUGGAAUAGAUGAGUAUGAGACACACAGAAUCUGCCCACCCAGAAUAAAGUAAAGCUGACAAGUGUCUAGAAGGAGAUUAAAAACCCACAGCUGCCUUUUUGGGUUCCUGGCUUCCGAGAUGACCAAGAAGAGGCGGAACAACAGGCGUGCCAAGAAGGGCCGCGGCCACGUGCAGCCCGGCCGCUGCACCAACUUCGCCCGCUGCGUGACCAAGGACAAGGCCGUCGAGAAGUUCGUCAUCUGCAACAUCGUGGAAGCCGCGGCCGUCAAGGACAUCUCCGAGGCCAGCGUCUUCGACUCCAUGUGCUGCCCAAACUAUGUGAAAUUACAAUGCUGUGUGAGCUGCGCGAUCCCCAAGCAAGGUAGUGAAGAAUCCGUCGGGGAGCCACAAAAGGAUCCUGCACCCCCAUCCCGCUUCAGACGUGCUGGUGCUGCCCCCAGACCCCCUCCAAAACCCACGUAAAGAGCAA